AUGGGAGCAGGCAGCGCCGGUUCGGUGUAUCGCGGGUUUUUGGAUGAUGGACGGGAAGUGGCCAUCGAGUGGACAAAUGUAACCAAAAAGGGCUUUCAAGACCGCAUGUUCAUCAACGAGAUCAAAACUCUCCGUCAUUUCCAUCAUAAUAAUCUUGUUGGGAUGUUGGGAUUCUAUGCAAAAUGCAGUGAGUGUGCCCUAGUCUAUGAGUACAUGAAAAAUGGCUCGCUGUUCUACCUUCUUCACACUAUCCGAACCUCGACUUUGAUGUCAUGGAAUACACGGCUCAAGGCGGCACUAGAUGUCGCCAGGGGAAUCCAGUACUUGCAUGAAUUUGCAGGUCCGCAGAUGCCAAACUUCUUCCUGAGGAUGAAGUUUCAGACUUCUCGCAUGAUGUUCUCGGCACCUUUGGUUAAUUAUGUGGCUCCAGAAUACUACUUGAGAAAUAGUCUAACCACUAAGAGCGAUGUGUAUGGCUAUGGCAUUGUGCUGCUUGAAUUGUUAUCUGGAUACAAAGCAUUACAUUGGGAUGAAGAUGGCUCGAGACACUAUAUCGUGGACGUAGUAGUUCCACGCAUUGUUCGGGGCGAGAUUGAUCAGCCUAUGGACCCAAAUAUGCCAAUCCCCACCCCGUUGGAGAUGAGGGCAGUCACAGAUAUGGCGUGCCUCGCCGUGCAGUGUGUUCAGAUAGAAGCUGGAAGCCGGCCCUCGAUGACUGAUAUAGUGGACCGCCUAAGGAGUGCUUUAGCCCAAUGUUUAUCCAUGCUGUGUGAUAACAUGAAAGCCAACGGAUCUUACAAUUCAAGUCUAGCGCUUGAAGAAGAAAUUGCAAGAAAAAUCACUGAAGAACAGUCAAGACACCCGAGAUUUACGUGGUUAUAA